AUGAAACUUUUACAACCGGGAUAUGAUCCAAAAAACGAUCAACAAAUAUCACCUUCAACAUCAUCAUUUUCAAUUCGACGUCCACCACCUGUUUCAUUUGAUUUUACCCGACAAGACUUAUGUAAACAUUGUCAUCGUUUAUCAGCAACAUUUCCAUCUGAAUUACCACUAACUAGUUUUACACGUUUACCACAACGAUGUUGUCCUUGUGAUUAUUCUAUAUCGAAAACUCCACAUUAUAUUUAUCGUGGUUGGUCAAAUAGACGAUCAUUAUCGUAUGAUAAGAGUUUAUCUACAUAUGAUGUUCAUACACAAACAGAUGAUAGUUUUAUUGAAUCAUCAUCAUUACCAAUGCGUUUAGCAACACGUCGUUCUUUAUUAUCAAUGUUCACAAUGAAUAUGGCAUUGACACUUAAAUUAUUAAUAAAACUUUAUCCGUCUGUACAUCAUUGUCUAUUAAUUGGAGAAUUUUUUCAAUUAGAAAAACAAGCUGUACCAGAUUUAGCAUUAUUCAUUCGAUCAAUUAUGGGUCAAAAUACACCAUAUAUUUAUCAAUUAAAACGAGAAU